AAAAGGCUUAUUCGUUGAUGGAACACAUGCUGUGUAGCAUCCACAAGUGUGGCUACCCUGAUUGACACCGGAUGAUAUCAUUGACAUAGAUAAAUAGGUUGUGCGAUGGAGGAUAAGUUAAAACGCUAUGAAAAAGUAGAAUUUUUGGGAGAAGGCCAGUUUGCUACAGUGUACAAAGCACGAGAUUCAGUAAAUGACACAAUAGUUGCAGUGAAGAAGAUUAAACUUGGAAGUCGAGCAGAAGCGCAGGAUGGAAUUAACAGAACUGCUCUUCGAGAGAUAAAAUUACUACAGGAGUUAAAACAUCCUAAUAUUAUCAACUUAAUGGAUGUGUUUGGACACAAAUCUAAUGUGUCACUUGUAUUUGACUUCAUGGAUACUGAUCUUGAAGUAAUUAUUAAGGACAAUAACAUUGUAUUAACACCUGCUAAUAUAAAAGCAUACUUGCUAAUGACAUUGCAGGGCUUGGAAUAUCUCCAUAUUAAUUGGAUUUUACACAGGGACUUAAAACCAAAUAAUCUACUUGUAAAUAGUAAUGGUGUUCUCAAGAUUGGAGAUUUUGGUCUGGCCAAAUUUCAUGGCUCUCCCAGUCGUGUGUAUACUCACCAGGUCGUAACAAGGUGGUACAGGGCACCAGAGUUGUUGUUUGGAGCACGUAUGUAUGGAGCAGGUAUCGAUAUGUGGGCUAUUGGUUGUAUCCUGGCAGAGUUACUACUUCGAGUUCCGUUCCUUCCUGGCGACUCUGACUUAGAUCAGCUGACACGUAUCUUUCAAGUACUUGGUACCCCCACAGACGAGACAUGGCCUAACGUAAAAGAAUUGCCAGACUUUAUCCAAUUCAAAACAUUUCCUGGGACACCACUGCGCCACAUAUUCACAGCAGCAGGAGAUGAUCUGCUUGACCUGUUAGCGCACUUGUUGUCCAUUUCCCCACUCGACCGAUGUAACUGUCACGAGGCAUUGCAGGCUCCUUAUUUCAGCAACAAGCCGGCUCCUACGCAGGGUUCACAGUUGCCAAUUCCCUCUUCCAUAUGUCGCAGCGAUGAUCAUGAGAAGCCUAACCUCAAGAGGAAACUCCUAGAAACAGCAGAUGGAGUUUCCCAUACAAAACGUCUGGUGUUCUAGCAGCGGCUUCCACUUAGGAGAAACGAAGAAAAUUUUUCAGAAGGUUGUUUAUAAAUUUUACAUUGUCAUAUUGUGAUGAAAUAUAACAAAACUUUGUAUGAAUUGUUUUGUAUAAACUUUUUUAUGUCUUAUAUGAUGAGUAAAUUAUGUAUUAUGUGAUAUCUUGUGUCUUCAAAAUGUACGUUGGGCAAAGCACUACCUAUAAUUUGCUGUUUCGAGGGUAAAGGGUUGUAUAAGUCUUAAAAAGUUAAGCAAAUUAAAAACAAUGUUCUGAAAGUUCUCACAAAUACUUAACAUAAGAUCUAGUCAAUAAAUUAUGUACGCAAUGGCUAAUUUGA